AUGACCACUAAAAAUAGCAAUAAGAGUAGUAAAAGGAAUAAUAGGAAUAAAGUGGAAAAAUUAAAUACUAAUCCUCAACAUAAUACUGAUAAAGAUAUGAAUAGUAACAGCAGUACUAAGACUAACUCUAAUACCAAUAAUAAAAAAAAAAAAAAUAACAACUCCAACAACAACAUUAACAGCAGUAAAACUGAUUCGAAUGCUAGUGGUAAGGACUCAAUCGAAAAUGAUCCAUUGACCCAGUCGACAGCAGAGACUUGGUUAUCCAUUGCUUCUUUGGCUGAGACUGUUGGUGAUACAGACCGUGCAGCUUUGGCAUAUGAUGCCACGUUACAGUAUAAUCCAAAUUCUACGAAGGCUUUGACUUCUCUAGCUCAUUUAUAUAGAUCGAGAGACAUCUUUCAAAAAGCUGCAGAACUGUUUGAAAGAGCUUUGCAAAUCAAUCCUGAACUAUCUGACGUCUGGGCAACUUUGGGUCAUUGUUAUUUAAUGUUGGACGAUUUACAACGUGCUUAUAAUGCUUAUCAACAAGCUUUAUACCAUUUGUCUAAUCCUAAUGUUCCUAAGUUAUGGCAUGGGAUUGGUAUUCUUUAUGACAGAUAUGGGUCUUUGGAUUAUGCAGAAGAAGCCUUUGCAAAAGUUCUGGAGUUAGAUCCACAUUUUGAAAAGGCCAAUGAAAUCUACUUUAGGUUAGGUAUCAUAUACAAGCAUCGUGGGAAAUGGAAUCAAGCUUUAGAAUGUUUCAGAUACAUCUUACAACAGCCACCUGCACCUUUGCAAGAAUGGGACAUUUGGUUCCAACUUGGAUCUGUUUUGGAAAGUAUGGGUGAGUGGCAAGGUGCAAGAGAGGCUUAUGAACACGUACUUUUACAAAAUGAACAUCAUGCAAAAGUGUUACAACAGUUAGGUUGUCUAUAUGGCAUGAACAAUGUACAAUUUUAUGACCCACAAAAGGCUCUAAACUAUCUUUUAAAAUCCUUGGAAGUAGAUCCAUCUGAUGCUACCACAUGGUACCAUUUAGGUCGUGUUCAUAUGGUUAGAAGUGAUUAUACUGCUGCAUAUGAUGCUUUCCAACAAGCGGUUAACAGAGAUUCAAGAAAUCCAAUCUUUUGGUGUUCAAUUGGUGUUUUAUAUUACCAAAUAUCUCAAUAUAGAGAUGCUCUGGAUGCAUACACGAGAGCUAUUAGAUUAAAUCCAUAUAUCAGUGAGGUAUGGUAUGAUUUGGGUACAUUGUAUGAAACUUGUAAUAACCAAUUGACUGAUGCCCUUGAUGCUUAUAAACAAGCAGCCAGAUUGGAUCCAGAAAAUAUUCAUAUAAGAAAGAGAUUGGAGGCUUUGACACAACAAUUAUCUAAUCCUAAUGCGUCUCAAGCUAUUCAGCAACAACAGCAACAACAAUUACCUCCACCCCCACCUCCACAGGUAGCAUUACAACAACAAUUACAAGACCCACAACAACAACAACAGCAGCAGCAACAGCAGCCUGUUAUGUUGCAACCAAUACUACAACCGAAUGAUCAAACCAAUCCAUUAAACGUUAGACCACCUAUAGCAACCAUGUAUCCAUCAGGCCCAUUGAGUCAGAAUCAGCAAGGAGGUCAGCCAUUGCAAGAAUCACAACCCAUCCAACACCAACCACACCAACUGUCAGUCGUCCCACAAUUCCAACAGUAUCCUCAACCAUCUAUAAUUUCAGUCCCAAUGCAACAGCAACAGCACCAAACACCUAGCACACAAAAUGCCGCAUCUCCACCAGCUAAGUUGGUUCCAAUUGCUGGAAAACCUACACAACCAGUGUCACAAGUUACUACAGGACAUAUUCAAACUGAUUUAUUACCAACAACUGUAAAUGCUCCUCUUCCUGUAGUACCUGUGAAGACACAAGAACAAACACAAGUAACUGCUUCUUCAGUAGUGGCUCCUGUAAGUGACACAAAAUCACCAAAACAAGUUGUAAGUAACUUAGUUACAUUACCUCAACAAAAUGCAUCAUCCAAUGUUUCCGAACCUACUUCUACUAAACAUGAUAUAAUGCCAGUGCCUAAUCAAGGACAAGUAGUACCACAAAAGAGAUCCAUUGAUGCUGUCCAUGGCAGUAGUAAUAUCGACACUUUAGUCAAUGCUGCGGUGUCUUCGUCGAAUGAAGAAGAACAUCCAACUUAUCAUCAAAACACAGUAAGUUCUUUAAUGAAUAACGAUACUGCAAAGGAAUCAGAACCUGAAUUGAAGAGAAUUAAACAAGCAGAAUCUGAUAAAGAGAAUGACCAAGAGAGGGAGAAAAAUGAAGAAUCUCAAGUUGUUGCAGAACGGGAUACAGCAACUACCACAGCUCCAUCAUCUUCUAACACUCAACUGGCUGCAGAGCAGCCAACAUCAGUUGCCAAUAUGACAGAAAGUGUUAAAGUGACACCAAAUGUCCCUGUUGAGGAAAAUAAAAUGGAAAAAACUCCUGUGUCAACAGUCGAAGCAUCACAAUCAACAGAGCAUAAAGAGAAUGAUGUUCCAGAUAAACCUGUUUCUUCAGAAAAGGAAUCAGAGAAACCAACAGAAACAACUAUAAUAGAACAAAAAGUGGUACCUGUUGAAAAUUCUGAAAGUGAGAAUUCUAUAGUAGCUACUUCUAAACAAAACCAGUCAGAAGAAAAAAAGGAAAUUUCAGCUAUAAGUGAAAAUAAAGAUGGAGUAGAGGAGAAGAAGGAAGAAGAGACGGUGAUAAAACCAACAGCAGAGGCUAUUGAAAAGUUACAAGAGGAAGCUAAGCUACGUGAAGAAGAAAAGCUUGAACAGGAGAAUGGAUCUUCAACCGAUGGCAUGGCAACAUCUGAGAAAGAUUUCAGUAAAGAAUCAAAUACAGCAAAGGAAAAUGUAGUUAGACAAGUAGAAGAAGAUGAAAAUUAUGAUGAGUAA